AUGGAAUCCCGGUUCCAAGGGGUCCCCUGCCCGGGCGAGUUUGUGGACAUCUUGUGGAAACAUAGGAUCUUCAUGAAAAAUUGCCUUGAGGAUCCUAGAAGCGAUACCGGUCAUGCUAAUUGCACGAAUGUACAGUACAUACCACCAAUGAAUUCCCUCGCGUCUGUGAAUCUCUCCACCCCGGCCAACUGGAGAUCAGUUUCGGGUGGACUUGCGAGCGACCUAAGUUCACUUUUGAGCGUCGGACCCGUCCGCAAUACCACACUCGGCCCGAACACUCGAGAAACUACUGGGAACACCGUCCGGACUACCUAUAAGCUGUGGCAUAUCCGCUUUUGUUCUAAGAAAUUUUCUGUGAUUGGAGAGACGAGCGAGAAUAAAUCGAAACAGCUACAGUUUAUCGAGGAAGCUCUACUACAGGUCAACUAUUCGAGCAUACAACCUCCCAACUAUUUUAUAUGUUACAAAGGACGCAACUAUCGGAUACUAAUGUGAUUUAGACUUUAAAAUGUUGCCUCAAGUUAGCCAUUUGAGACACAAGUUGGAUAUCGGCGCAGAAAUGAGGCAACUAUCACAAAUGGACGCCUGACACAUGCGGGAUUUUUUGGGUUUGCAAUUUCUGCUAAUGAUAUAAUUGGUGCGAGAAAUCGGUUCCAGAACAGGUCGCAUUUAUUGUUGACAUUGGGCUGUCGUCCAUACCACGAAGGUUUCGCGCAGCGUUCAGGCUUUUUUUUGGUAGUGUCAUUCUAUCCUCUCCGGAGUUGGGACCUGCAAACAAAUGGCCAGGGAAAUUUAGGAGUAGCCGAAGAGUGCUAGGGAAUUGAGCUUACACAGUUACUUCUGUCCUAAUUAAGACAACCGUGACGGAUACCCCAAUGAUGGCUUUCUCACCCUCCUAGAACUGUCUAAUUAAAGAAAUUUCAAGGAAAAUUCGUUUC